AUGCCACCACUAUCCCCCCGCCCCCCCUCCUACCGCCCCAUCCCCCCACCCCGCGACCACCACCACACCAACGACGACGGCGACGACGACGAUCAAAACCCCCCCGCCUACCCCACCCGCCUCUCCAUCCUCCCCCCACCCUACGUCCGCGGCCCGCAGCCACCGCUUCCGCCCACGCCUCCCCCCGCACCAGACUCAGCAGACAAAGACCUGCCCUCCCUCCCCGCGCAAUGGGGUGUUAGGCUCAUCCCCAACGGCGUUCUUCCAGCCUCACCCGAAGACCCGCCCUCCCCGCUCUCAACUGCAUUCCCAAUACACGAGCGCCCACUGCCGCCGCUCCCGUCUGAGCCCGCAUCCACAUACCCAGUCUCUGGUGCGUUACGGCGGGCUAUUAGUGAUAUGCGCCCAUUGCCGCCGCUGCCGGGGAGUGAGCGCCCGCUUCCGCCGCCGCCGCCGUCGAGGGGAGGUGGGGAUGUGGAUAUGACACCGCUGCUGCCGCCGCUACCGGGGGCGAGGGAGAGGGUGCCGGGGAUGGUGGGGCAGAUGCAGAGGGGGCCCGCGGGGAGGAAGAGGUCGUGGCAGGGGGAGUUGGGGAGGGUGGGUGUGGGGUUGGGGUGCGGGUUUGGAACUGGGGGGAGGGGGAAGGGGAGGAGGGCGGUGAGUGGUGGAUGUUGA